AUGAAUAAUGAGCUUUCAAGGGUUUUCACACCUGAGGAAGUGGACAUAGCUCUGUCCCAAAUGCAGCCUUUUAAGGCACCUGACGGUUUUGGGGUCUGUUUCUACCAAAAGCAUUGGGCAACUGUGGGGGAAGGAGUUCGACAGGCAGUACUCUAUUUCUUGAAUUCAGGUACCUUUGAACCCUCUUUGAAUUUGACUUACAUAGCUCUGAUACCUAAGAUUACUAAUGCAGCCUGUGUAAGUGAGUUUCAGCCCAUAAGCCUUUGCAAUGUCCUGUACAAGCUCAUUGCAAAGGUUCUGUCAAACAGAUUGAAGGUGGUCCUGGGUUCUAUUAUAUCCCAACACCAAAGUGCUUUCAUGCCGGGGCGACUCAUUACCGACAACAUUCUGGUGGCGUACGAGGCUUUGCACUCCAUGAACACCCGUAUGAAGGGCAAAAAAGGGUACAUGGCUCUUAAGUUAGACAUGUCAAAAGUGUAUGACAGAGUCGAAUGGUCCUUCCUGGAGGCUAUGAUGAGAAGGUUGGGAUUUAGGGAGCCUUGGAUCAGCUUGGUCAUGCAGUAUGUUCGGUCAAUGUCAUAUCAAGUGCUCCUGAAUGGAGUCCCUCAAGAGGUGAUCUCCCCUACACGGGGUUUAAGCCGAAAUACCAAUAGUGGGUUUAAAGAUUUAAUACAUUCCUCCAUUGGGAUGUCGGCUACCGCUUCUUUGGACAAAUAUCUUGGAUUGCCUUCUAUGGUGGGACGUUCUAAAACAAAGACCUUUGAAGGUAUUGUGAAUAGGGUAAGGAAGAAGCUCGAUGGGUGGAAAGAAAGGUUCUUGUCUCAAGCAUGGAAGGAAAUACUCUUGAAGGCAGUGGUGCAGGCAAUCCCAACCUACUGUAUGAGCGUUUUUCAGCUCCCAAAAACCUUGUGCAAGAAAAUGGAAUCCAUGAUGAAUAAACUUCUGUGGCAGAGAAAAGAGAGUUUAGGGGGUUUGAACUGGAUGAGCUGGUCGAGGCUAGAAUUUUCCAAGAAGAAUGGUGGUCUUGGCUUCCGAGAUUUAGAAGUCUUCAACUUAGCUUUGCUUCCUAAGCAGAGGUGGAGAUUGUUACAAGAACCAAAUUCGUUGUUAGCCACUAUACUGAAGGAAAAAUAUUUUUCCAGGGGCUCUUUUCUGCAAGCGAAGUUGGGACACAAACCCUCUUAUGCAUGGCGUAGCCUGCUGAAGGCGAGACAGGUCCUGGAGAACGGGUUGGUAUGGAGGAUUGGUAAUGGAAAACAGGUCAAAUUUUGGGGGGACAAAUGGCUUCUUUCAUCCCCAGAUUUUUGGUCUGAAACCCUCUUUCACAUUCUGUGGAGCUGCCCAUCCUCUGUGGCAGUGUGGCAGGAAAGUAGCAGAUCAGUACAUAAGCUAUCAAUCCAGGAGGAUGAGGGCUUAAGUUUUAUUCGUCAUCUACAGGACAGAUUAGAGGCUAACGUUUUUACAGAAGUUCUCAGUGUGAUGCGGCUGAUAUGGCUCCAAAGAAACUCCUUUGUUUUCAGAAACAGUUUUGAGCCCCCGGGUCAAUUGAUUCUGAAAGCAAGAGGGAUAAUGGAAGAGACAGAGUGUGUCGCAGAGGAGCUGAACGUUGCUCGUGAUGAUAGGGGGGAAGUGGUGGCUGCGCGGGCAAAGGUGGUAUCAUUUACCAUAGACCCUACCACUGCAGAAGCUUUGGCAGCAUGGGAGGCAGUGAGGUUCUGUAUUGACAGUGGGCUGACGAGAGUCAUAGUGGAAGGUGAUGCUCAAAUAGUGGUGAAUGCUUUGAAUCAGCGGUCUGCGUGCUGGAGCUCUUUUGGCCAUCUGAUCGACGAUACCAAAAUCCUGCUGGAACGUUUGCUCUCAGUGAACAUAAGGCAUGUUAAACGGUCUACCAAUAUGGUAGCCCAUAUUUUGGCAAAAAGGGCAAUUUCUCAGUUAUUAGAUUGUGCUUGGUUAGGAGUUUGUCCUCCUUUCAUUCAGUCUUCUGUAAUGGCUGAUCAAGCCUCUUCUUUAUGA